CCCGCGGGGUGAGGGCGAGUGGUGACGUUUCCCUGGUGGCGGCGGCCGGGCUGUGUCGGAGCUGCCGGCGGCGGCUGCGGAGCGCUGGGCGGCCUCGCCUCGGCGGGCGGCGGGCCCCGCGCCGCGCUCCCGAUUCUCCUGAGUUGUCCUUGAAGCCGCCAAAAUGGUUCUAGCAGACCUUGGAAGAAAGAUAACGUCAGCGCUGCGCUCGCUGAGCAAUGCUACCAUUAUCAAUGAGGAGGUUUUAAAUGCUAUGUUAAAAGAAGUAUGUACAGCAUUACUGGAAGCUGAUGUUAAUAUUAAACUUGUGAAGCAACUCAGAGAAAAUGUCAAGUCUGCAAUUGAUCUUGAAGAAAUGGCAUCUGGCCUUAACAAAAGAAAAAUGAUUCAGCAUGCUGUCUUUAAGGAACUUGUUAAGCUUGUGGAUCCUGGAGUCAAAGCAUGGACACCUACCAAAGGAAAACAGAAUAUUAUUAUGUUUGUUGGUUUGCAAGGAAGUGGUAAAACAACAACCUGUUCAAAGUUAGCAUAUUUCUAUCAGAGGAAAGGUUGGAAGACGUGUUUAAUAUGUGCAGACACAUACAGAGCAGGUGCUUUUGACCAGUUAAAGCAGAAUGCCACAAAAGCAAGAAUUCCCUUUUAUGGGAGUUAUACAGAAAUGGAUCCUGUAAUUAUUGCCUCAGAAGGUGUUGAGAAAUUUAAGAAUGAAAACUUUGAAAUAAUCAUUGUUGAUACAAGUGGCCGUCACAAACAGGAGGACUCUUUGUUUGAAGAGAUGUUACAAGUUGCUAAUGCCAUACAACCAGAUAACAUUGUUUAUGUGAUGGAUGCUUCCAUUGGCCAAGCUUGUGAAGCUCAAGCUAAAGCUUUCAAAGAUAAAGUAGAUGUAGCUUCUGUUAUUGUUACUAAGCUUGAUGGACAUGCAAAAGGAGGUGGAGCUCUUAGUGCAGUUGCUGCCACAAAGAGUCCUAUUAUUUUUAUUGGAACUGGAGAACACAUAGAUGACUUUGAACCCUUCAAAACACAGCCUUUCAUCAGCAAACUUCUUGGUAUGGGUGAUAUUGAAGGAUUGAUAGAUAAAGUAAAUGAGUUAAAGUUGGAUGAUAAUGAAGCACUCAUAGAAAAGCUCAAACAUGGUCAAUUUACGUUAAGAGAUAUGUACGAACAGUUCCAAAACAUCAUGAAAAUGGGACCAUUCAGUCAGAUCUUGGGUAUGAUCCCUGGGUUUGGAACUGACUUCAUGAGUAAAGGCAAUGAACAGGAAUCAAUGGCAAGGCUAAAGAAACUGAUGACUAUAAUGGACAGUAUGAAUGACCAAGAACUUGACAGUACAGAUGGUGCCAAAGUUUUCAGUAAACAGCCAGGAAGAAUCCAAAGAGUAGCAAGAGGUUCAGGUGUUUCUACCAGAGAUGUUCAGGAGCUUUUGACUCAAUACACUAAGUUUGCACAGAUGGUGAAAAAGAUGGGAGGCAUCAAAGGACUUUUCAAAGGUGGUGAUAUGUCAAAGAAUGUGAACCCAUCUCAGUUAGCCAAACUGAAUCAACAGAUGGCAAAGAUGAUGGAUCCAAGAGUUCUUCAUCAUAUGGUGUGUGAUUUCCUUGGGGAAAAGAUUGCAUCUGUUCUGGGAAUAAGCACACCAAAAUACCAAUAUGCCAUUGAUGAGUAUUACAGAAUGAAGAGAGAGGAGGAAGAGGAGGAACAGGAAAACAAGUUGUCAGAAGAAGCAGAAAGACAGCAUCAGGAACAGCAGAACAAGCCACACGCAGAAGCUCCUGUCCAGACAGACCAGCCUGAAGCAACAGCAUGCACUUCAUUCAUGAAUGUGAACUUUGAAAAUGAGGGAGCUUGCCAGUCCAUUGGGGAAAAUAAACAAGAUGUAGUUCCUGUCCCUCCUUAAGCAUAAAUGUCUGUAUAAUGUAGGAAAUAAAAGUGUCAGGUGCCACAAUCUGGCUAGAAGGAGCAGGAAAAAUAGGGUUAUAUUUGUUCAGUGAAAUAAAACUUACUGCAUUCUUAUUGAUCAGGAGAGAGCUAAGCCCCGUCUGUUCAGUCUGUCCACCUAAUACGGGGUGAGGCAUUCUGCCAGACUGGCACUUCAGUUAGAACAAAAAUUGCACUACAAACAUUUGAUCAAAAAUGGAAUGUGUGAGCUAGUUUCUGUGUAAAGCAAGUAAAAAUUACUUUUCUUUCAAUUGCUGUGUCUCUUAACACCUGUGGAUGCAGUGCCGUUCCCCACUUCUCAACAACUGUUUCUGAUUUGCACAGUGUUUGCAACUCAGCUCUCUAUGAAUAGAUUAAUAGGAAUCAAUAUCCUGUAACUCCUAAGUCAUUCUAACUGUCUGAUUUCCCCUAUUUAUUGUCACUGUUGUAUGCAUGUAUCUUUUUUCCAUUGUUUAACACAAGAGAUAAUGUCAGAUUUAAUGUUAAUUAUAUGUAAGGGUCCACUAACUUCUUUUUUUUAAAUUUAAAAAAAACAACACCUUGUGGCUGUGAACACCCUUUAGAAGUUAUUAACAAGUACUAGCCCUCUUUGAGGCUAAUAGUGCUCAGCUGCUCCAUUCAGUGCUGUAGCAAAGUACAGAACUAUCAUCAGUGUAGGAUAUUCUUGCUCCAAUAAGAGACCCACCUGCUUGAAUACUUCACAUGCUCUGAAUGGUCCUGGGAAGCCUUGCUAAAUUAUACUGAAUGUACUGGACACUGUGCAUGGUACCAAUCUAGAACUAUGAAAACUUUUUUGGAUGUACAUUACCUGAGUCAGUAUACUUGAUAAACCUAAACAGAUCAUUUGCUUGUUAAAUUACUAUUGCAGAUGUUUUCUCCUCCCCCCGCCACAUAAAUAACUAAAAAUCACCUUAUACUUCCUUUAUCGUAAAUAAACAAAACACUUUCUUGCAAUACUGCAACAACAGUAAUAUUAGUUGUUGUCAAAAGUGAAGUGGAGGUAGCUCCAGAGCUUUCAAGUAGUCCCAAAUACCAGUUAAGGCAGUUUUACUGCAGCGACUGUCAUUCUGCUUGUAGCUUUUAGAAGGUGGAAGGUUUGUGACAAUUGGAUGUCAGUGCCCCAAUCACUUUCUAUAGGGAAUCACUGUAGAAAGGAGCAGAGAACCUGCACUAAUUACCAUGUGAAACACUACUUCUGUCCUUGAGAUUUCUGAAAAAGAUUUAAAAGAGUCGUCAGUGAAGUUUUGUGUUGGUUGCAUUGCAUGUCCCUGGCCUUGGUCCUACUACCAACUAAGAAGUCCGACGUCGUAUCAGAGGCCAGGUAACUUGGGUAUUAGUUUCCAGAGUUCAGUUAGGUAUUUCAGACAUUCUGCCUGAACUAGUGUCCUGUAGAGCACAAAUUCUUUCUCCUGUCAUCUGCCCUCAGCACUCCAGCAUGACAGAAAAUCUCCUGAGGAUUUAAUCAUCAGCUCUAUUCCAUCUGUUUUGAUAGUCUGUUCUUUGUCUUCUUUUGGAAUUGUAAGACAGAGGGUUUUGACAGCUGUGUAAAACCAUUCCUUAGCUCUGAACAUCUGCAAGGGAGAGCUUAGUUCAACACCUGGGGAAUACACAGAAGAACAGCUAGUUGGGAGUUCUUAUACUGUCAAAGACAGAAAGCCUCAAGAGUAAAACCUUUACAGCUGAAGGAUGCUUUGCUUUUCUGCCAAGAAAUUAAUGUCGGUUUUGUUGCUUUUUUAAAUUUUUUUGCCUCUCUUCCUAUGUGUUGCCUCAGAAAUUCACUGCCUUGGGUUUAAACUUCUUUAUAUAAAAUACUGUAUUACUCACUGUGCCUUAACUUAAUCCUUCCUUCAGUUUUUAGCAAACUGUAUGAAAGCAGUUACUUUCAUAAUGGUUUUCUGUAAGUGCAUUAAUUGGUUAUUUUGUAUUUAAUAUAAUUUUUUAAUUGGAA